AGUUUUUCAAGCAUUAUGACUGCAAUGUUCAAUUACCUCAUAGUUGUUCUUAUGUUCAUUGUUGGCGUUAAGGGCUGGUUCGGUCCAGAGAUGAUGCAUGGUCCAGGCCUUUUUGGAGGUUUCGGUGGAGGUUAUGGGGGUCUCGGUGGAGGAUACGGUGGAGGCUUCGGCGGCGGUCGCAUUCAUCCUCGCUGAUCGGUCAUCAACAGAUCGAUUCAUCAUGACUGCUUUAAAUUCUGUCUAUGAGUUAAUCUUUCACAAUAAAGAUGUCC